AUAACUCAUUCAAAUGUUGCCGCCAAAACUGCAAUCCUUUCUCAAACACCGCACCCUUUCAACUGUUCCGUUUCCUCCUCUUACCUUAACAUUCCUCGCCGACAAUUCCACCACCAUAGAACACCUCAAACAGGUUCACGCCCAAAUGAUCGUUUCCUCCCGCAUCAACGAUCAUUUCGCCGCAAGCCGUUUAUUCUCCUCAUUCGCACUUUCCCCUUUCGGAAACCUCACUCACGCUUCUAGAAUCUUCUCUUCCAUACACGAACCCAAUUCCUUCAUGUGGAACACUCUCAUCCGCGCCCAACAACAACCCCACAAUUCUAUCUCCCUUUACAUCUCUAUGCGUAGACUUGGUGUCUUGCCUGGUAAACACACUUUUCCUUUUCUCCUCAAAGCUUGUUUUUCACUCUCCAAUCCCUUGCUACCUUGUAAACAGGUCCACACUCAUGUGCUUAAAUUCGGACUGGACUUGGAUUGUCACGUGGCUAACGGUUUGGUAAGAGGUUAUUCUGUUUCUGGUGAUUUGGUUGAUGCCCGUCACGUGUUUGAUGAAAUUCCGAUGAAAAGUUUGAGUCUUUGGACCACUAUGAUUUGUGGGUAUGCUCAGAAUUUUUGUCACAACGAGGCGUUGAAUCUUUUCGAGGGGAUGAUUGUUGGUGGGUUUGAGCCUAAUGGUGCCACCUUGGCUUCAGUAUUGUCGGCUUGUGCGCGCUCUGGAUGUCUUGAGCUUGGCGAAAGGAUUCAUGAGUUUAUGAGAGUGAAAGGGGUUGAAGUGGGCGUUAUUCUUGGGACAGCAUUGGUUUAUAUGUACGCGAAGAAUGGGUCAAUUUUGAUGGCGAGGAAGUUAUUUGAUGAAAUGAGCGAGAGGAAUGUUGUUACUUGGAAUGCUAUGAUAUGUGGUUUAGCUUCACAUGGACAUGUUGAGAACGCUCUUAGUUUAUUUGAGAGUAUGAAAAAGGAUGGGACUGUUGUUCCUAAUGAUGUCACCUUCAUUGGGGUCUUAUCUGCGUGUUGUCAUGCAGGUUUGAUAGGUGUCGGUCACAAAGUUUUUUGUUCGAUGAAGGAUGUGCAUGGAAUUGAACCAAAGAUUGAGCACUAUGGGUGCAUGGUUGAUCUUCUUGGGAGAGGAGGUAAGUUGCUGGAGGCAGAGGAAAUGAUAAAAAGGAUGCCGUGGAAACCUGACGUGGUUAUUUUGGGAUCUUUGUUGGCAGCUAGCAAGAAUAAUGGAAACACUGAGGUUGCUGAAAGAGUAGUGAAAGAAAUUCUUACUCUGGAACCUCAUAAUCAUGGAGCUCAUGUUGCUCUGUCGAAUAUGUACGCAGAGGCUGGACAAUGGCAAGAAGUUUUGAGACUGAGGAAGACAAUGAAAGAAGAGAAGGUCAAGAAAGCUCCCGGAUGGAGUCUUGUUGCCACUUAAUUGAGUUUCUGAAAUGGCUUGUAUGUGGCAGAUACUUAUCAUUUUUGGAAAAGAAUUGGAUAUUUUAUUCUUAGAAAAAAAAGGAGAGGGAUUGAUUUAUUAUCAUCAUCUAAACUUACCCAGUUCAACUAUUAACCGAUUUAAAAAUCUUGUUCAACCAAUUCUGCUGUUCUGAAAAUAGUUAAGUUGCUUACUGAAGAAAUGGUUCCACACUGCUGCUUUAUAAUGAAGUUGUAUCCUAACAAUUUGGCAAGUGACCGGUAUUUCCUUCGUUGUUGCAAGCACAUGAUUAUGUUACUGGAGUCCAGCUGUUAUUUAUGCAAAAGCAGUUGAUAAGUCAAUGAUACUAGUGCUAAAUGUUGAAGUCCCUCCUGUCAGCUGAGAAACUCAUGAGGUUACCAUUGCUAAUCAAUCCCCAAUUUUGCCUGCAAUUGAUGGACCUAAAGUAUAUUUCUGAAAAACUUACUCUCAUAUCAUUUGGUGUUUCUGCUGCAUAUAUACAGAUACUCAGUGAAGCUACAUUGUAAUAUGAAAGCAUGAAAGAGCUACAUUAAGCAAUUGAGUAGAUGUGAUGGAAUUAGAAAUAGGUACACUCUCUCUUGGUUCAGCGAAGAUAUCAGAGUUCCAUCCUUGUCUUGGCUUGUGAUUAUUAACAUGCAUGCAUCUUCCCAAUGUUGUAGACCAGAUUUUUCUGGUAUCUUAUAGUUCUUGGUUCCAAAUCGUUAUUCCAUAUUAUAAGUCGAAAACCCUAAGAGACUGUUUGAGUUAAGAAUUUUAAAAUAUUAAUGUAUUUAUAUAGAGGAUUCAAAAUGAAUUGUGCCAAAUACCUUAUUUGGAAUUUUGGAUUUUAAAUCCAUGGAAUCUAAAAAUGCUGGGAAUUAUAUGGGGAGUUUUUUUUCUCCAAAUAAAUGAGAAUAUAAGUUAGUAUUUGUAACAUUCUCCAUCUCGGAGCAUUUAUGUUGAGUAAUAGAUCUUGAAUCAAGACUUGUUGCACACAUUACAAGCCUCCUUCACUAAUUUCUUCUUAUUUGUCUAGUGCUGGAGUUGUUCACUUUGAUUCAAUCUAGGGGAGUUCUGUUUGAGGACACAUGAGUUUUUUGAGCUUUAUGGGGUUUGUAUUGCAAGUGUUAUUUUGCCUUUACCCUUAUUGUUGUCUUUUGGGUUAUUAUAGCUACUAUUGUUUCCCUGAAAAUAUUCAUGCACUUCUUUGGUGAUGAUAGGGAAGUUAGUGCUGAUGCGGUUACUGGACCAAAAUUUUGGAGUGUGUCAGUAUUAGAGGAGGUUUUAGGAGAGAGAAGGAAACUAUAGGGGGAAGUCAAUUAUUGUAAUGGGGGAACAGUUAUUUGAGAAUGGGCCGGUUAUGUCCUGUGUUUAGUUUUAAAUAAUCUUAGGAAGUUAUGAGAUCUUUUAUUAUGGUGUAUUUUCUGGUUUAUGUUAGGCAGAGAGCUACAUAGCACUCUGAAAGAGCAUUGUGCUCUGGGUAAUAAGUAACCACUGUAAUUGAUUAUUGCGUUCUACGUAAGUGUACAUUCUGUUUUUUUAUUAGGUGACUGCAAGCUGUUAUUACCAAGGCAUUCCCGUAAUUGGAGACUAUAUAACCAAGGAACAAAUGUAUGGAUGUGGAUUUGAGAUAGCUCAGUAGGCACCCUAUACUCCCUAUGCACAAUAGUAUUUGGUAUGCUCUCUGUUUGUAAAUCACAGUCCUAAUUUCUCUAAGACAUCUCGAGUCUUAAUGGCUCUCAUGGUUACUACCUAUAAAUGUUUUGGAUUUCAAGCUUCCAGUGAUCCAUUUUUUUACAAUCAUGGUUGUCUUAAUAAUUUUUUGGAAUUAUCUACCUGAACAUUAGGGCCUUCAAGGAACAAUGCUCAAGCUCAAGUUAUGGUUAAAGGAGAGUAAAGAGGCCACUUCAGUCAUAGCUUGAAACACCUUGGGACAAGGUUUCUUAUCUUAUGGCAGACAGUAUUAGGAUGUCAAGUUUGGGCCUAAGCCCAAUGAAGGGGCUGGAUAGGGAAGUAGGGUAGAAUUACUUAUAUGGUAGAUAGUUGGGGUAGGCAGCCAAAUAUAGGGGAGGAGAAAAUGCAAAGGGAAUCAUUCUGGUAGUUUUCGGUUAGAACAUUAUUAUAGGUUGGGCAGGGGAGUAUCACUCAUCUCUUGUGAGCAAUAGCUCUGGGGUUACAGAGUUUUUCUUUUGCAUUACAACUGGUUUUCUAAUCAAUAAUACUAUUUCUAUUUCGCUUAACUUUGGGUUUCUGUGGGUGUUCUUUUUGUGAUUGGGUUGCAAUAUUUUCUGUGCUGGUGGAGACAUCAGGUUUCUGAUUUCAUUUCACGCCAUCAAUUAUUUUGGUUGUAUGUUUAUUGAUGCUUUGUAAUUGUAUUUGAACUAUUAAAGUCCUCAAGAGUUUGUUCUGAUCUGAAAUGGGGUUGAGUCUUGCUAUGAUUGCAGAUAGGAGUUUGGUGAACACUACAAAUGAAGAGAUUUUAGGGAUUCCAUUCAAUGUAAUGUUUCAUAUGGGCUUGAUUGAUUGCUAUUUAUCUCUAUGUUGGUUUGUACAUUUAAGGGCUUGGGAUGCAUGUGGUGAUUGAGCUGUCAGCUGUUCAUGGAUUACUGCUUUAUUUGGGGGCUGUGCUACGGAAAUUUAUGACAUUGCACCCCGCACUUUGAAGUGAGCAGGGAGUGCACCACCAUCCAAGGCCAACAGAAUCUUGCCAUUCUCACGAAUAACACCAACAGUCCCACAUUCAAACUUACAACUGGAGCAUACCUCUGUUGGGCACCAUUGGAUGUUAUAUAUACGGCUAGUUUGUGU